AUGAAACCAAUAAUUGAUCUUGAAGUAGAGGCCAGCGCCGAAUAUGAAUCUGAAGUAAGUAGCCAUGUUGCUUCCAAUAUAUCCAUCCAUGAAUUUGAAACCUCACUAGGUUCCUAUAGUAACAGCCUCACCAAAAAUUCCAACAUUACAAAUCCAAGAGAGUUUCAUGCCUAUUCAAAUCCUAUCUCACUCGAGCUAACACUCAAUUUAAACAACAAUGACAUGGUUCCUAGAGAUUCAACAGGGUUCUCAUUCUCGAGCACCAGCGAGAGCAGCAACGAACCUACCAUCAUCCCAAGAAUUUUCUCUUGCAAUUACUGUCACCGCAAAUUUCACAGCUCUCAGGCGCUCGGUGGACACCAGAACGCACACAAGAGAGAAAGAAUUGUAGCAAAGCGAGCUAUGCGAAUGGGACUAUUCUCUGAGAGGUAUGCAAGUUUAGCAUCUCUCCCUCUCAAUGGUUCUUUCAGGUCCUUAGGCGUAAAAUCACACUCUUCACUGCACCAUGGUUUUUCGCCUCCAACAAUAAGGCCAUUUCCCGAAAUAAAAAGUAACCCAAGAUUCAGACAAGGAUGUAUCGGUCAUCCCAUAUUCUUAGAGGAUGAUGAGACAGAAAUUUUGUGGCAAGGUAGUUUCCAUCAGGUUGCUGAGGGAGGUAGUAAUACUCAUCAGAGCUCAAAUCUGUGCUUUUCCGAGGUGAAUGUGAAACCACUGGUUGAUAAUAUAGAGAAUUCAGCACCUGAAUUAACAUUGAAACUUUGA